GUGCUUGUGCGCCUCCCACCUGUUGCCAGCAGUCUCCGCACCUCCCCUUCCUCGACCACACCUCGCACACGAUGCCGUCCAAGCCCAGCAAGAAGGCCGCGGCCGCUGCUAGCGACCUGAACUACCAGUACUCGGUCGGCGACAUUGUCCUCGGCAAGGUCAAGGGCUUCCCGAGCUGGCCUGGCCAGAUCGUCGACGUUGCCGACGCACCCGUCAAGGUCCAGAAGGAGAAGCCGCCCAAGGCCAAGAACACCCACCUCGUGCAGUUCUUCCCGACCGGCGACUUCUCGUACCUCCAGCCUCGCGACCUGGUCAUCCUCACGCCGCGCGAGAUCGAGUCGUACAUCUCGUCGGGCAACAAGAAGAAGGGCGACCUCCUGACGGCGUACAAGACGGCGCAGGACCCGGCGGCGUGGCGCACCGAGCGUGCCGACCAGCUCGCCGAGUGGGAGGCGCUCCAGCAGCAGAACAUGCUCGCCGGCGAGGAGGACCAGCUCGCGAGCGACGGCGAGGGCAAGAAGGACAAGAAGCGCAAGCGCGCGACCCCGGCCAACGGCGCGGCGGCCAAGAAGAACAGCAAGGCGGCCAAGAAGGACGAUGCUGCCCCGGCGGCCAAGAAGGCCAAGACGACCAACGCCAACACCGACGACCCUGCCGAGAUGGUCAAGACCUGGCGCCACAAGCUUCAGAAGGCCUUCCUCGGCAAGGGCGACCUCUCUGCCGACGAGAUGCACAAGUGCGCCGAGUACUUUGACGCCAUGGAGAGCCUCGACAUGAAGAAGGAGUGGCUCGUCGAGUCCAAGCUGGCCAAGGUCCUCAAGCGCAUCGCCCUCCUCAAGGACGGCCAGAUCCCGAACGAGGACAAGUACUCGUUUCGCGAGCGCUCGUCGGCCCUCGCCAACAAGUGGAACACGAUCCUCGGCGGCUCGAACGAGUCGCCGGCGCCGGCCUCGGGCCCCAAGGACGACGCCGCCGCCGCCGCGCCCGCCUCGAAGGGUGACGACGCCGCCGAGCCCAAGGCCGAGGACGCUGCCGCCGGUACGGCCAAGGCCGACGAGCCUGCGCCCGCCGCCGUCGAGGACAAGAAGGACGAGCAGGCGGCGCCCGCAGGCGACGUCGCCAUGGAGGACGCGGCCCCGGCCGCCAACGGCGACGCCAAGAAGGAGGACGCGCCCGCCGAGGCCGUCAAGCAGGACGCCGCGCCCGCCGAGGCAUCGGCAGAGACGACUGCGUGAGCGCGUCGCACCCGCCACCGCUCGCCGUCCCUCCCCAUCCUCCCUCGUUUCGCGCCCUCCUCGCUUGUGUGCUGUACCCUGCCUCCUCUUCGUCCCCUCGACCCGGCCGUAAUACCUGUCGCCGUCCGCCACCCGACGCUCGACCUUCCCUCGUCUGUACUCGCAAAACCCGCCUCGCCUCGCUCCCCCUUCCGCCACCUCAUCCCCUUCCCUCGCCC